AGUGUCAAAUUUGCUGUCUCAACUUCCUUUGCUCGCGUGUGUUCUUUCCCUUUACAUCAAUAUGGCUGAUCAGCAAACCGAACGUGCUUAUCGCAAACAGUUUUCGGUUCCCGUGGUCCGGCGUAAACCAAACAUAAAGAAGAAGCCACGCUUCUAUCGCAGUAUUGGAUUGGGCUUCCGUACCCCGACUGAGCAAACCGAGAAAGCCUUCCAAAAACAGUUCGGCAUUAACCUAAACAGAAAGGUUAAGCCUGGUGUUGUCAAAAAGAAGGUCUUGCGCCGCCACCGUGACAUCGGUUUGGGUUUUAAAACUCCCCGUGAGGCCAUUGAUGGUAACUACAUUGACAAGAAAUGCCCUUUCACUGGUAAUGUAAGGAUCCGUGGUCGCAUCUUAACCGGUGCCGUACGUAAGACUAAAAUGCAGCGUACCAUUGUUAUCCGCCGUGAUUAUUUGCACUUUGUGCGCAAAUACAGCCGUUUUGAGAAACGUCACAGAAACAUGAGCGUUCAUUGUUCCCCCUGCUUCAGAGAUGUUGAAAUCGGCGAUAUUGUUACCAUUGGAGAAUGCCGUCCCUUGUCUAAAACUGUUCGCUUCAACGUAUUGAAAGUCAGCAAGGGUCAAGGUUCGAAGAAAAACUUCAAAAAGUUUUAAAUUUUUCUAAAGAAGAUGCUGGUUAUAACCAAACUAGUUUGAUGUUCAAACUAAAUUUUGAUUUUACACAAGAAAACAAAUAAAACUCGGAAAAUCUACAAA